AUGUUGGCGCGGGCGAGGCUCGGCCGUGCUCUUGCCGCCGCCGUUGCCCUCGGGAGCUGCGCGCGGCUGAGUCGCGGCCGCGUCGCCAUGGCGAAGAGCAAGUUCGAAUACGUGCGAGACUUCGAAGCGGACGAUGCGUGUUUGCCCAACUGCUGGGUCGUGGUGCGGUUGGACGGCCGCAGCUUCCACCGCUUUGCUGAGCAGCAUGGUUUCAGGAAGCCCAAUGAUGACCGUUCCCUUCACUUAAUGAACAAGUGUGCACAGAUGGUAAUGCAGGAGCUAGAGGAUAUUGCUAUUGCUUAUGGACAAAGUGAUGAAUACAGCUUCAUUUUCAAAAAACGAAGCAACUGGUUUAAGAGGCGAUCUAGCAAGUUCAUGACUCAUGUGGUUUCCCAGUUUGCCUCCAGCUAUGUUUUCUAUUGGAAAGAUUACUUUGAGGACCAGCCUCUUUUGUAUCCACCAGGAUUUGAUGGACGUAUUGUACUGUAUCCUAGUGACCAGAAUCUAAAGGACUAUCUCAGUUGGAGACAGGCUGAUUGCCACAUUAAUAAUCUCUACAAUACAGUAUUUUGGAGUCUUGUACAGAAAAGUGGCUUGACACCUGUACAGGCACAAAAGAGAUUACAGGGGACACUUGCGGGUGAUAAGAAUGAAAUUUUAUUUUCUGAAUUCAACAUUAACUACAAUAAUGAACCAUUGAUGUACAGAAAAGGAACGGUUCUAGUAUGGCAAAAGGUAAAUCAAGUUAUUAGGAAGAAAAUUAACAUUCCCCAAGAAACAGACGAGAAAGAAGUUGAAGUGACCCGGAUAAAGAAUAUGCCAGUACCUCUGCACUGUGACAUCAUUGGGGAUCAAUUUUGGGACCAGUAUCCUGAAAUCCUAACUGAUGAUAGCUGAUAAUUUCCGUUUCCUAUCUGGAUUUUGGUGUGAAUGACUGUGUACAGUUUAUUCUGCAAGGACUUUAUCAUG